AGUUUCCUAACAACAAUGAACGUGAUUCGGGUUAAGUAAUGACCGGGUUGACCCAAUCAUAGAUUCCGAGAAGUCCUAAUUUCAUAUUAUUCUAUUCUUGUUUUUUGUCCAGUCAAUAGUCAGAAACAUUUUAAAAACACUACGUCAGUCAAAGACUACUGUUCAAAUACUAUUUUAGCACGUUGAAUUAAAAGUACUUUAAAUUCAAUGUUUUAGCAUGUAACUACUAUUUAGAAACAGGCUAUUAUUAUAAAGAAAGAAAAACUUGACAUAUUUUACUUAACCUAACAAUAUUUUGUUUUUACAUUUAUUGAUAUUUGAUUUAUUACUAUGUUCAUCCAACAAAAGAUCUUCAGUAUUAUUAUUUACAGUUCUUAGUGUUUAAUUGAAUAUGGAGCGAAAUAGUAAGGAUGAAAUCGAUAUCUACGAUGAUGUUGUAAGGAAUGUUAAACAAGAGCUGAUUGAAGAAGCGCCAGCGAUGAAAAUUCGAGAUGAAAACAUCAAUAUUAUACAUUCAAUCAAACAAGAAAUAAACGAUGAUUCAAAUACAUUCAGAACAGUUGAAAAAUUCAUGUUUUCUACUAAACCAAAAAAGGACAUUUUAAAAACACAGAAUAUUGGAAACAAACUAAAAUAUUUAAAAGUUAUUCACGGAAUGCGUAGCAGAUCUAAAAGUCUGUUAAGGCAAGAAAAAAAUAUUAAAUCGAUUGCAGGAAUAAUAUUAUGUGGAUUUUGUGGAAAUUUAGUUAUAAAAAAAUUAGAAUUUUUAUGUCACUUAUAUAGAAACCAUUUUGUGAAACCAAACAAAUCACCCCUUAAAAAAAUUAGAAAAAUUGAAAGAAAUAUUGUUGAUUCAGAUAUUUGGAAAAAUAUAAAAGAUGAAAUCGAAGUUGUUGAUAAUGAAUUAAAACGUGAAAUUAUUGAUACAGAAGAAAAGACAUUCAAAUGUGAGCUUUGUUCAAAAACUUUUCCAUAUAAGAGUAUUUUAAAUGUACAUUUGCGUAGUCACACGGGAGAAAAACCGUUCAAAUGUGACAUUUGUACAAAAACUUUUUCACAAAAAAGUAAUUUGAACACGCAUUUUCGUAGUCACACAGGAGAGAAGCCAUUCGAAUGUAAUGUAUGUUCUAAAACAUUUUCACAGAAAAGUAAUUUGAAUACACAUUUGCGUUGUCAUAAAGAAGAGAAACUGAUCAUGUGUGACGUUUGCUUGAGACCAUUUCUAUGUGAAGAAGACUUGAAAAGGCAUUUUUUGUGCCAUUCCGGAGAAAAACAAUUUCAAUGUGAUAUUUGCUUAAAAUCUUUUUUGAAAAAAUAUUACCUAACCAAACAUUUGCGUUGUCAUACGGGAGAAAAACCAUUCAAAUGUGAAAUUUGUUCGAAAACUUUUACACAGAAAAGUAAUUUGAAAAUGCAUUUGCGGGGUCACCAAGGAGAGAAACCAUUCGAAUGUGAAUUUUGCUCAAAAAGAUUUUCACAUAAAAGUAAUAUGAAAAUACAUUUACGUGUACACGCUGGGGAAAAGCCAUUCAAAUGUGACAUUUGUUUGGAAAAUUUUUCAUUGGAAAAUCAAUUGAAAACACAUUUGAGCAGUCACCCAGAAGAAAAGCCAUUCAAAUGUGAUACUGAAAGUUUUUCACAACAAGAACAAUCAAAAGAACAUUUACAUAGUCACACAGGAGACAAACCGUUCAUUUGUAACAUUUGCUCAAAACCAUUUCUGUGUGAAGAAGAUAUGGAACGACAUUCAUUAUCUCAUUCUGGAGAUAAACCAUUUCAAUGUGAUAUUUGCUCAAAAUCUUUUACGAAAAAAUAUUAUUUAACAAAACAUUUGCAUUGUCAUACAGGAGAAAAACCUUUUAAAUGUUACGUUUGUUCAAAAAGUUUUUUACAGCGUUCCAAUCUUGAUGAUCAUUUGCGAAGUCACACUGGAGAAAAGCCGUUUAAAUGUGACAUAUGUUCGAAAUCGUUUUCACAACAAGGACAUUUAAACGAACAUUCUCGUAUUCAUACGGGAGAAAAACCAUUCAAAUGUUACAUUUGCUUUAAAUUCUAUUCGCGACGUUCUCACCUUAACGAGCAUUUGCGCCAGAUUCACAAAGAAAACGUAUUCAAAUGUGAAAUCUGUUUGAAAUCGUUUUCUCACAAAACUAAUUUGAAUAAACAUUUUCUUCAAGAUUGUACGCUAAAAAAAUCUUCAAAGAAUAUUAAAAAAUAAUAAUAUAUGUAUAUAUAUGAGGAUAAAGAAACACUAUUAUGAAUACAGUAUAAGAAUAACAUUUCACACAACACCCUGUAUCACAAUUUAUCAUAAAGUAAUAUUUGAAAGUUUAGUUUUAUUUGUCUACUUCUUUUACCCAACUGAUCUUUUAUAAAGUAUCAUAAACAGCCAAGUAAGUUGAAAAUGUGUAACCUCUAUAUUAUUAGUUGUCUAUGAAAUACUGUUCGUAAUUGACAUUCCACGCUCAAUUCUCAGCAUAUUCUCCUUCAAAACAGUUAAUCGGCCUUUUUUAGAAGCAAAAAUCCCACACAAAUUCUUCAAUCUAGUUAUUCGACGUUAGUAGGAACAUUCAAAACCAAUCCAAUUUAACUAGAAACCAAAAUCACAUAAAAACGUUUUUCACUCACAUAAUCAUCAUAGGAGCUAAGAUAAAAUUUGGUUUUCUUGCUUUGGCUCCGACGUCUCGUAUCAACAUUAAUGUUCAGUCAGAAUACAAAUAAAAUCAUUGUCUUUUAGAAAAUGAAAACUAUCGCUAUUAUUACUUUACAAGCCUACCAGUUUAUCAUAAAAGUCAACAAAACGGGAAUUUCUUAAUGAACAGUAACAUGCAAGAAAUUAAAUACCAUAAUAAUAAACUAAUUAUUUUAAGUACUUACCGAAGUUGGAUUCGUUCACAAUGUGUAGAUACUACAUCACGUUAUCUCUUCCAUUACUUCAGGUCUAUAUUUUUGGCAAACUUUUUCAGUAAAUAAGAUGUUAAAUGUAAUUAUUUUUAUUUCGGUAAUAAAGUUUUACUUUACAGUGUAAUGUUUUCUCAAUUAUUCAAUGUAUUUCAAAAAUUAUACAUAUACCGGCUUUGUAUUUACUACUUCGUUUUGUUAACCUCAUAAUUCUUCCAAGUAUUACAGCACUG